AUGGGUGAUUUAUCAUUUAUUGAAGAGAUAGAAAAAUUAAAAACAAAUCAAAUAAUACCAAAUAUUAUUAAUUCAUUACCAAAUAGAUCUUUAAAAGUUAAAUAUGGAAUUCGUUAUAUAGAUAUGUCAGAUAAAUUAACACCAAUAGCAGUAAAAGAUAAACCAACAAUUGAAUAUUUAUUAAAUCAAGAUGGAAGUGAAGAAAAUCAAUAUUUUACUUUAAUUUUAGUAUCAGUUGAUGAACCAUCCAAAAUCAAUAGAUUGGAAGGUGAAUUUAAACAAUGGAUAUUAGUUAAUAUAAAGGGUAAUAAUAUUUCAAAAUCUGAUGAACUUGUAAAAUAUAUACAACCACUACCAUUAAUAGGUACUGGUUUACAUCGUUAUAUAUUCAUUUUAUGUAAACAACCUUCAAAAUUAGAUUUUAUUGGUGAAUUUAAAAUACCAUUUAAUAUGGAAAAAAGAAAAGAUUGGAAUUCAGAACAAUUUAUUAAAAAAUGGAAUUUAACUGUUGAAGGAAUAAAUUACUUUGAAUGUGAAUAUGAUGAUUCUGUUGAAAAAUUAUUGACCGAAUUAAUAGAUUCUAAAGAAAAAACAAAUCAAAUAAAUAAAUAA